AUGACAUUGGUCAAUAAUUUUCUUCGUAAAAUAAUAACGGACAGAUUCACAGAUUAUUGCUGUUUAUGUUUCGAGACGGUUGACGAAAAAAAUAGCUUGUAUAAUCUUCGAGAUGAAAUAAUUUUAGAAACUAAAAGCGUUGAAGAUAUUUAUGAAAUAUUGUUUACUAUUCUAGGAGAGGAAGUGAUGAACUGUCUUACUACGUCCACCAUAUGUAAAAAGUGUACAACGUUGGCGAUAAAUAGUUACAACUUUAUAGAAACUUGUAAAAAUAAUAUUAAAAGAUUAUCUUGCAAUAUUGAUUGCAUCCAAAACUAUAUUGUCAAUGCAACAGGAUACAAUUAUUGCCAUAAGUCUCUCUUUUUGGUUUUAGACACAGUUAACUGUACUGUUGAUGAAUUUUAUGAUAAAAAUAGUCACAGAUAUGAUGAAUCUUUAUGCAAAAGAUUCGAAAACUUAGUGGCAAAUUCACUAGGAAUGCAAAAUAUAGGCAACUCUUUAACACUAGACAUCCAUUUUGACCCUGAAAACUGUGAGAUGACAAAGCCGGUGCCUGAUAUGUCUUCUAAAAUCAAAACUUCUAUACAAGAAGAAAAAAAAGAGGAGUCUGUGAGAAAGAUCUCUCAACCUGUCAAAGGAUUACAGGCUCUAGAAGCAAAUGAUAAAGGGGAUUAUAAGUGUGAACAUUGUCACAAGGACUUUAAAAGUAGUUUGAAACUGAAACUACAUUACUUACGAGUUCAUGCUCCAAAAACCUUCAAAUGCACUCAAUGUCCUAGAAGCUUUGGAUCGUCAUUGAUAUUAAGCCUUCACAUAAGGGAUAGUCAUUGCACAGCCGUCUGCAGAUAUUGUGGCAAGACAUACACAAAUAAUUAUUCAUUAAAGUACCAUGAGAAAAGCCAUGAAGUAGAUUUUAAGUGUAAUAAUUGCGGCAAAGUAUAUAAAAAGAAGAAAUCUUUUAACAAUCAUGUUAAACAAAAUCUGUGUAACUCAACUAGGAAUGUAAAUUUAGAACCAAAACAUGCAUGCAAUUAUUGCGAUAAAAAAUAUUCCCAGAUCUCUGCAUUGAACGUUCAUCUAAGAUUGGAACAUGGAAAUGGCAAAGUGCUUACUUGUGACUGGUGUGGAAAAAAACUAAGUUCUGAAAGCAAAUUAAAAGAACAUAUAAUAAAACAUACAAAACAGAAGAAUUAUACAUGUGACAUCUGUGGAGGGAAAUUUGUUACAAAAACCUCCUUGCUAUAUCAUACUCGAUUACAUACGGGUGAAAAGCCAUAUAAAUGUGAACAUUGUGAUAUGAGAUUUUUAUCGGCAUCACGGCGUUCUGAACAUAUAAAGCAAUACCACGAUGAACCUGAUCUAGAAUGUGACAUAUGUCAUUGUAAAUUUAAGGGACGCACACCUUUGAUGAGACACAAAAAAAGACACUUUGAUACUUCAAGCAAGCUGUAUCAGUAUUUAACUAACAAGCCAUGA